AUGGUGGAAAUGAGGAAAUCUGGAGUUAUGAGACCUGAUUCCGAAUCGGCGUCGAAGUGCCGUGACGAGCUUCCGGUGAAGAUGGAGAUCGCAGAGGAUGAUUUAGAAGAAGCGCAUGGUCCUCUCAGCAAGCGAUCUAGGUUAUGGAGCUCUGAGACUAGCUCGUCGUCAAUGGCAACGCCGGCAAAGUAUAACCCGCUUGAUGAACCGAGUCCUCUUGGAUUAAGCCUUAGGAAGAGUCCUUCCUUGUUGGAUUUGAUUCAGAUGAGGCUUACGCAGAAAGCCGCCGAUGCAGUUGGUGGUGGCUCUGGUGUUAAGAAAGAAAGUAAAUGCAUCACUGCUGCUGCUGCUGCAUCAGCUGGAGGGACGUUAGCGCCUGGGAGUAUUGAGAAGCUUAAAGCUUCCAACUUUCCCGCCACUGUUUUAAAGAUUGGGAACUGGGAGUACAAAUCAAGGUAUGAAGGUGAUUUGGUGGCGAAGUGUUACUUUGCAAAACAUAAACUUGUUUGGGAAGUGUUGGAACAAGGUCUUAAGAGCAAAAUUGAGAUUCAGUGGUCGGAUAUUUGGGAUUUAAAGGCAAACUGUCCUGAGGAUGGACCUGGGACAUUGACUCUCGUGCUUGCUAGGCAGCCUUUGUUUUUCCGGGAAACAAACCCACAGCCUAGGAAACAUACUUUGUGGCAAGCAACAUCGGAUUUUACUGAUGGCCAAGCCAGCAUGUACAGGCAGCAUUUUCUGCAAUGUGCUCAAGGGAUAAUGAACAAACAUUUCGAAAAGCUUGUUCAGUGUGAUCAUCGCCUGUACCAUCUUAGCCGUGAGCCAGAGAUAAAAAUGGACUCUCCCUACUUUGAUGCACGGCCAUCUAUCUUUGAGGAUCCAAGUGAACCAAAGGGAUAUCCUUAUGGGAAUAUGAAUCUUAGCACAGGUCCUUCAAUAUCUGGGGCUCAGAAUUUAGCAUCUCCCGUUGGGGCGCAGUCAUCUUCUGAACAUAUGUAUCUGUCUCAUGAAGCACCAUCCCCCAGCUCAGUGAUAGAUGCUCGCGGAAAUGAAGGAAUUGGAGGUGUUGAAGCGGUCAACUCAAGAAACACAACAGAUUGUGGUCAGGUCGGAGCUCCCGGACUACGCCAAUCUAUGUCACUGAGCGAUUUCCUUGCAGUUCUUUGUGAUUCAGACAACACAACGAAUCAGGUUGAAGAUGCAGCUGGAUUACAACCAUCUAUGUCAGUGAGUGAUUUCGUUGCAUUAUUAUCAACUGAUUCGAGUCAGAUAAAAGUACCUGGACUACAACAAUCUAUAUCGGUGAGCGAUUUCGUUGGAUUUCUCUCUGAUUCUGCUGGUGGUAAUCAUCCGGAACAUCUGGAGAAAUUUGAGAGCUUGAAACAGCAGCUGCUAAGUGAUAAUAUCCAGUUCGAUACACCAGAUGAGAAGUCUCUCAUGCCAAGGGUUAAUUCUUUAUUCAACCUCCUGUACAAGGAUCCCAACGUCGCUGCAAACUCACAGCUCAAUACUGAGGUCUCAGUUGGAUUGAAGUCUGAACUCAAUCAUCUGAAUGGGACAGUGUCUGCCAACAACAACAACAGAGUUCUUGAUCCAGCUUCCAGCAGCAAACCACAGGGUAUGUUAAGGAAAGACUCGUACAGCGAUUUGUUCUCACAGCUUCCCCGAAUCACAUCCUUGCCAAAGUUCUUGUUCAACAUUUCAGAAGAAGAUGGUAAAUAG